AUGGUCCAAGGGCGCCAGGCAGAAGGGCCGUCGGGCGGCCCGGCCAUCGCGCCCGUGAGCAGGCUGGGGGAGGUGCCUGAGCCCUGGGGAGGCGCCUCUGAGCUUGGCGGGAAAGGGCGCUUCCACCGCUCGCUCACGGACCACAGCCGGUGGAUCCGCGAGCGCAGCCACGAGGCCUAUGCCAAGAACUACUCCGUCGUCUUCCCCCACGACGAGCCUCUGGCCGGACGCAACAUGCGGACAGACCCCCUGCAUGAGGAGCUCCUUGCACGAGGCUGCGUGUUCCAGGAGCGGCACGGCUGGGAGCGGCCGGGAUGGUUCAAUGCCCAGGGCACAGCUCCUGUGCUGCCCUACGACUACUACGGGGCAUACGGGCAUCGUGCGCGGGAGGACUACGCCUACGGCCAGCUGCUGCGCCAGGAGCACACCUUCAGCUUCCCUCCGCACCACGACGCGAUCAAGAAGGAGUGUCUGGCCUGCAGAGGGGCCGCGGCUGUGUUCAACAUGUCCUACUUCGGGAAGUUCUACCUGGUGGGCCCGGACGCCAGGAAGGCUGCGGACUGGCUCUUCUCGGCCGACGUCAGCCGGCCCCCAGGCUCCACAGUGUACACGUGCAUGCUGAAUCACCGCGGGGGCACGGAGGGCGACCUGACCGUCAGCCGCCUGGCCCCCGGCCCCCAGGCCUCCCCGCUGGCCCCGGCCUUUGAAGGUGACGGCUACUACCUGGCUGUGGGCGGGGCCGUGGCCCAGCACAGCUGGUCCCACAUCAGCACCGUGCUGCAGGACCGGAAGUUCCGGUGCCAGCUCAUCGACAGCUCCGAGGACCUGGGCCUGCUCAGCGUCCAGGGCCCGGCCAGCCGGGCCAUUCUCCAGGAGGUGCUGGAGGCCGACCUGAGCGACGAGGCCUUCCCCUUCUCCACCCACAAGUUGGUGAGAGCCGCCGGGCACCUGGUCCGGGCCGUGAGGCUGUCCUUCGUGGGGGAGCUGGGCUGGGAGCUGCACGCCCCGGGGCCAUCCUGCCUGCCCGUGUACCAGGCCCUGAUGACAACGGGGGCCAAGCACGGCCUCGUCAAUGCCGGCUACCGGGCCAUUGACUCCCUGAGCAUCGAGAAAGGCUACCGGCAGUGGCACGCCGACCUCCGGGCUGACGACAGCCCCCUGGAGGCGGGCUUGGCCUUCACCUGCAAGCUCAGGUCCUCCAUCCCCUUCCUGGGGCGCGAGGCCCUGGAGAAGCAGCAGGCCGAGGGCCUCCGCCGGCGCCUGCUGGGCUUCACCGUGGACCAGAAAGUUCCCAUGUUCGGGCUGGAGGCCAUCUGGAGGAANCCCCCGCCCCUGCCCCCCCACUGCCACAGGGAGCCCCGGUCCCUCUGGGGCUCUCCACAGCACCCCUGCCUCCCUCCUUGGGUCUCCCUGGACUUCGUGAAGAGUGGGGACUAUGCCCUGGAGAGGAUGGGGGUGACCUACGCUGCCCAGGCCCACCUCAAGUCUCCCUUUGACCCCGACAACAAGAGGGUGAAGGGGAUCUACUGACUGCUGCUGGCAGAGACUCAGCUGGUCUGGGGGUCGGUGACCUGCCACGCUGGCCCAUGCUGCCCAUUCCCAGGGGCCUGCGCCACCCCGGGCGCCAGGAUCUGGACCCUGGCUGGAAUGUGGGCUCCCCUGCCCUUCGUCAAGAACUACCACCAUGGCCCCCAAAAGAUGCAGACAGAGGGGGUGGAAAGAGGACCCAGGAGUCCUGUUCUGUGGUCACUGACCAAAGGGGGCUCUCGAGUCCCCCCCACCCCCCCUUAAAAGCCACCUGCCAUGCCUUGGGCUCAGGGACCAUGCCUGUAGCCCUGGAGAGCUUCUGAAAAGGAGAAGGCCCCCAUGAGAGCGGGUCGACAAAGAGCCUCACCCAGUGUUCUGUCCCUGAUGGGCAGGCUGCCUGGGGCAGCCUUGAGAGUUGCGGGUGUGUCUGGCAUGGGGGACGGUGUGGGACUGACUCGUCCUGUCUGCCUCGGGCACAGUAGUGAAGGCAGAGAGCAGGCGUGCCAGGCUGGCACCGUCCCUGAGGUCAGGGUUGGCAGGACGGUCUGGCCCCAGGUCCCAGGAAGGAGGGGUGGAUCCAGAAAGUGAGUUCUGCUUGCCUUGACUGCUUGGGUCUUCACAUGGGGAAGCCCCCAGAGGGUUCCCAGCCCUGAAAUCAGCGCCAGGAGCAGGGCUGGGAGGGUCCCAGCUGGGGCACCCCCACUGUGCUCUCCUGCCCUUUUUUCCCCCAGGGCCCCUCGACCCCCAUGUCAGAGACGAAGGGGUGCUGCUAGGGACGGACCUGGCAGCUCUCUCCUGCAGGGAUGGCCUCUGUCCUUGCUGUCUGACUCAGCUCUGGGCCGCGUCCCCCGCUCUCCCAGUCCCUGGGGAUGGCCCUAGCCCAGGGCCUGGAAUGGGGUGACCCCCUGUCCCCAUCCCAGGGCCUUCAGAACUUCCCAUCUUCCCUGCGGGGACUGGCGCCCGGCCCCGGGACCCAGGCAGCCCCCUGGGGAGGGGGCUAGAAGGGAUGCAGGCAGGAAGCCGUGUGGUGACUGGGGUGCAGAAAGUCCUGGGGGCCUGGGGUUGGUUUCAGAGGUGCCAUACCACGCAGCCCUCUCCGGGGACUGGGCUGAAACGGGUCAGGCUAAUAAAGUCAAGGCCACGGGAA